AUGAUCAUUUUUGUACUAAUUUUAAUCUGCCACAUUUACCCUGGUUUCUCCAUCUUAUCCCCACUUCUUAUACCUUUUAUCCCCUUCUUGCAUUAUCUUACACCCCAUAUCCCAAUUUUUAACAUUAUUUUACAUCCCCAAUUCUUAUGUUAUCUUACACUCCUUAUUCCCACUUCUUGCAUUAUUUUAAAUACCCACAUUUUAUAUUAUCUAACAUCCCUUAUCAACACUUAUAUUAAUUUACAUCGCCACUUCUUACACCCCUUAAUAUACCCAUUUCUUAUAUUAUUUUACAUCCUGACUUCCUACAUUAUCUUAUACCCCUUAUCCACACUUGUUAAUAUUUUACAUCCAUACUUCUCACAUUAUCUUACACCCCUUAUCCCCACUUUUUACAUUAUGUUACAUCCCCAAUUCUUACAUUAUCUUAUACCCCUUAUCCCCUCUUCUUAUAUUAUUUUACAUCCCCAAUUCUUACAUUAUCUUAUACCCCUUAUCCACACUUCUUAUAUUAUUUUACAUCCCCACUUCUUACAUUAUCUUAUACCCCUUAUCCCCUCUUAUAUUAUUUUACAUCCUCACUUCUUACAUUAUCUUACACCCCAUAUCUAUCUUAUAUUAUAUCUUCAAAUACCAUUUAAAGGUAUUUACUUUAGAAGAGACACACCCCUCAUAUAUGCUACUUUCAUUGGUCAAUAGAAAUAAACUCAUUGUUGAGAUGGAUCCAUUGCCAAAAUACUCCAGUGACAGUUAGCUACAUGUACUCACAUAUAAACUGAUAAAAAAACUACCUCAAACAAAAGAAAUCUUAGUAUGUGUAUGAGGAACUUUCUAGAGUCCCUUUUAGACCUGUGCAUGUUUGCAUUGAUCAUUAUUGAUUGUAUACAAUUCAAUACCCCGGCCUAACUAGAAAAGCAUUAUUUAUUUAUUGUAAAUCUAUAUGAGGUAUAUUCAAACUGAGACACAUGCAUGUAUUAAAUACCACUUGCUAUUGGAUUAAAUUUAGAAAUGCGUGUUUAAAUGUAGAUCAGCUUAUAAUAUAAAACGGGUCACAGUAGUCUUGAUUUGCAAUCGUUGAUACCACACAUGGAUAAUAUGUAGGAGGGUAUAAUUAUUGUGAUAGGUAAAACACUUCACAAAUAGGAACUGACACAACAGUGUAAAGCAAAUAAACAGUAUACGUAACAUUGAUGCUGAACGAUUUUACCUGGUUGUUGUUUUAUAUUGGUAUAUGUUGGAAGGUCAUGUAUGCUGCUUCACUUCAUCUAGUAUAUAAAACUACUGUAGUUAUAAAUCAAGGAUACAACUGAUGCUUCUUGUUUUAGUAGAAAAACAUAAUACACAAGAAAAAUCACAUCAACUGUUGUUGAAAAUAAGAAGAUAAACAAAGGUAGACAGGACAUGUAUUUAGCAGAUCUUGUUCUGAACUGGAUUUUAAUUGUCUCUACUUUUACAUUGACUGUAACCAGGAAGUCAUAUGGAUUUAUAACAAGACCUUUGGUAAGCCUGAUAUCUCUAUUUUCAUGGUCAUUGCUAUUGAUUAUGGUAAUUAACAUUACAUUAUUGAUAUGCCAUCAUUUUGAUGUUGUUGUUAUUUCUAAUAUAAUAUUACAUGCGAUAUAUAGCACUGUGUUUAACAGACAUCUUGAACAAGGACUUAGUUUAUAUCAAACUAUGUUUAGAUAAAAAGCAUCUAAUCCAUCAUUCACCAAUGUAUGAAUUAAGAAAACAUCAAAAUCCAAAUGCUGUUUAGAAAGUGGCCAUAUGACUUAGAUAAAUACAUUAUGUCGUCAUGUAUAAAGGAUGCAAGUCAGGGUAAUAUACUGGUAGACAUCAUACAUGUAUUUCAUAAAGGUUAAUAAUGGUAACUCCAUUACAUAGAAAAGAGGACUUCAAUAUAUUGACAUUUAGGAGUUGCUCACCCAUACCAUAUCCAAAUAUGCAUUGAAAUAGUGCUUGGUUGAGCUAUUGCAGAUGAUACAUUGCAAGAACAUGUUUGAGCAUUAAUCGUAGAAUCAUCCUAUGUCGUCAUUUUGUUUAGUCAAAGCAUCAUAUGCAACAUCCUAGUAGAGAAACCCCAUUCGAGAUGUUUCUCAUUGGUCAGGGGACAAGGAACAGGACACAAGAUAUACUUGAAGCUCUUAUGAUAAAGCAUGGUUAUUGCAUGACGUAUUCAAAUAACCUGUAUUGCACUUAGACCAUAUCCCCCCUUCUCUCAUAAGAGAAGGGCAGGGUAGUAUUUUGUGCAAGACAAAAGAUAGAGUAG